AAUAAAAAACUUGUUACUUAUGUCGUGUAGAGAUAGCAUAGGACAGAGCAGAGGUUGAAUUACGUAAACUGUCAAAAUAUCCAAACUACCCCUUUUCUAAAAGUGAUGUAUUUCUAAUAAGAAAUAAUUGUAGAAAUCAUACAAUAUCAAUACAACAAUUUCAACGGCUUCAGCUAACCCAUAAUUAAUUUGAAAGUUCAUACUUAGAAUACAUCUCUAAUUUGUCAACAUGGCUGCAAGAGUAGGGAGGAUUUGUGGAAUCGGUCUUUUGAAGCCAAAUGCUGGAUACAAUUUGAAACAGACAAGUUCCAUAACCACACAAAAAGGAUGGUCGAAAAGUCGUAAAGCUUUAUUGGGUGCUUUCGGAGUUGUGGCUGGAGGUGCAGGAGCUCUACUCUUUGCCUUAGAUCAAUCUGUAAAAGCUACCGAUUUGGUAUUACAUCCUCCAAAAAACUCUUGGAGUCAUGCUGGAAUAAUUCAAUCUUAUGAUCAUUCCAGUUUACGACGAGGAUAUGAAGUUUACAAACAAGUUUGCGCUGCCUGUCACUCAAUGAAAGAUAUUGCUUAUCGUAACUUAAUCGGUGUGACUCACACUGAAGACGAAGCAAAAGCUGAAGCUGCUGAAGUUAUGGUCACUGAUGGUCCAGAUGAAAACGGAAACAUGUUCCAAAGACCUGGAAAGCUUUCAGAUUACUUCCCCAGCCCUUAUCCUAAUGAAGAAGCAGCACGUGCUGCAAACAACGGAGCUUAUCCACCAGAUUUGAGUUAUAUCACAUUGGCCCGUCAUGGAGGUGAAGAUUACAUAUUUGCAUUAUUAACUGGCUACUGCGAACCUCCAGCUGGUAUAUCACUGCGUGAAGGACAGUACUUCAACCCAUAUUUCCCAGGUGGCGCCAUUUCGAUGGCUCAAGCACUUUAUAGCGAACUUGUGGAGUAUGAGGAUGGAACUCCUGCAAGUGCUAGUCAAUUAGCUAAGGAUGUAUCUACUUUCCUCAAAUGGUGUUCUGAACCAGAACUUGAGGAUCGUAAGAGAAUGUAUAUCAAGAUGAUGGGAAUGAUGUCAAUUCUAAUUGGUGUUACGUUGUAUUUGAAAAGACACAAGUGGGCCACUUUGAAAACUAGAAAAAUUGAAUUCAGGCCCAAGAAGUAAAAGCAACCAAAUAGGACAGUUAAACUAUAUAGUGUGACAAUUAACGUUCAUAAGACUUCAACACUGCUGUUCACCAAUUCUGUUCAUUUCUAUAUUGUAUAUAAAUACCAAUCUGACAUUAACAGGUUAUAAUAGGCUCCAAACAUUUGUCAUUUAUCAACGUUAUUUGUUACAAUAAAUUAUAUAAGUUUUA